AUGAAUUGCACUCAUCAUAUUCAAAAUCAAGUAUCAAUAAUAUGUAUAGCUCCCCACAAGUGUUCACAUCAAAGGAAAUUAUGCGUUGAUUGUUAAUACGAACAUGAGGCGGAAAAAAAACAAACAGUUUCAACCAAGAUGUUUCAGGAAAUGGUUGCGUCGAAAUUACAAGAAUUAAAGCUUAACAAUUCAUCUGAAUAAACAACUCAAAAAAAGAAUUUUAAAGAAAUGCUUUAUUCAACUCAAAAUAAGUUACAAUAAAUUUGGAAGGAGUUAUCAGAAUCAAUAAAUCAGAUAUAUGAUUUGCUUGAGAUGGAAGAAAAAUUCUAUAUGAAUUUUAUUAAAAACAAUGAUAAUCCUAUAGAAUUGUCAAAUACUGAUUUAGAAAAAUUAGUGUCAAUUAUUAUUGGAAAAACACCAGAUGAUAGGAAAGAUUUGAAAAAAUCUUAUUUUAAGCAGUUGGAAAUGACAAAGAAGUAUUGGAAAGAAACUCAGACUUUUUGUGAAAAGUUCAAUACAGAAUUGAAAGGGAUUAUGUAAUUCAUAAAAAAGAAGGUAAAUAAUUCUUGGGAAAACAUAAAAGAAAUAAAAUAAAUUUAUAACCGAAAGGAAGAUUUGUAUUAGGUAUUAACUUAGACAAAGCAUUUUGACAGAGCCUACCUGAAUGAGGUAAUUGAGAUGUUGAGAAAUGAGAAAAUAACGAAUUGUUUAGAAUUCUUUAAAGGUAAAACUCAAUUGAAAUUUAUUGCUUCUAUGAUUUAAAAUGUUAGCGAAAUAGACUUAAAUAAGAAGAAUUAUUCAACUGAGAACUAUGAUUUAAUGAGAAAGGGCUUAAUAAAAUAAAUAUCUUAUGAUGAGUAAAUAAAAGAAUUUUUGAAAUUCCUAGUAAGUCUGACAGCCAUUGACGAGAGAUUUAUAUAAAGCGGAUCGAACGCACUUAAUUUAUUAGUAGAAAUGAAAGUUGAUUUUGGAGAAUAAAGCUUUGAGAAUAUAAGGAUUAGAGAUACUUCUUUGGUUGGUGGAAAUUUUGUAAGAUGCAAUUUCAAUGGAUCAGAAUUUGAUAAUGUGGAUAUAAGUGGAAUGAACUUGAAUUAAGCUUAAUUGUUCAAUUGUAAAUGGAACAAUAUUAAAAUA